UUCCGUGGAACAUUAUUGCAUACAAUGUUUUCGGUGGAAAAGAUCGUGGCCCCGAUGUUUAUGGUACUGAACCUUGGCACUAUUACAUUGUGAAUGGCCUCUUGAAUUUUAACAUCAUGUUCAUAAUGGCUCUCAUUAGUUUACCUGGUUUAUUUGUAACUAUUUUAGUCGACAAUCGACGUAUUUCCUCUUCACCGACAGCUGUGUGUCUAAACGCCGCCAUUGCAAUAUUUUUAGUCAGAGGAUGGAUUGAUCGAUUUCUUUCAGCUCUGUCAGAAAAUAUUCCAUAUGCUUUUAAUCGGCGAUGCUACUUAAAAUGUUUUACAUUUAGCAUCUUUUUUAUUUCGGGUCUAAUUUCUAUUUCACGCGUUUUUGCACUUUAUUAUCACUAUAAUGCACCAAUGGCGAUUUAUAAACAUUUCUAUUAUGUUGAAAUUCCUCAACAAGUCGAAACUCAGAAACUUCAGUUGAAUCUCAACAAUCCAAUAAAUCUCUGUAUCGGGAAGGAAUGGUAUCGCUUUCCGAGUCACUAUUUUUUGCCAGAUGGUGUUAGGCUGAGAUUUUUGAAAUCAGAUUUCAAUGGGCAAUUACCGAAAUACUUUUUGGAGGAUACACAAAUUGACUCUGAGAGUCGAACAAAGAUGAAUUACAAACGUGAUGGUACUUGGAUGUUGCAAGAAGGAUUCAAUGAUAUUAAUAAGGAAGAAAUGGAUCGUUAUGUUGACAUUGAUCAAUGUGAUUAUAUUGUUGAUCUAGAAACGAAUUACACACAGGCUUCUGCAAAUGAACCACGAUACGUAACUCAGACUGAUAAGUGGAAUGAAGUAAUUUGUAAAUCAUUUUUAGAUGCCGCAAACUCUGAUAGAUUUUCGCGAGCAUUUUAUUUUCCACCCAAAUUUUGGCAAGGAAUGAAGAUGGUGAUUAGUUAUUUACCUAUUCAAACGAUAAAUAAUAAUUCUGCUGUGAAAAAAUUGGGAUCUCUGAAGUGGGGUGACUAUUAUCAUUUUUCUAAGGAUCAAUUGGUUAUCGGAAUUCAAAAAUAUAUAAAUAGAAAUUUAAAUUUAAAUUACGGUUUACUCAAAAUCAUGAGUACAACAGAGGAACUUCAAACUCUAGUUCUUACAACUCUCGAUGUAAGAGGUACAAUUCCUAACACAAAAGAUCUUGUAGCCUCUGAUAACAAGGAGGUAGAUCAAUUAGCAUUACUCGGUGCCUUGAAGAGUUUGAGUAUUGUGGACAAAGAGAUGGUCAAAUAUGAAACUAUUGAAGAAGAAGUAUGGAUGCUAACAGAUGAAGGGAAUGAAAUUGCUAAUAAAGGAAGCCACGAAGCCAAGGUUUUCGAUGCUAUUCCGAUUGGUGAAGAGGGAAUAGCCAUCUCUGCAUUACAUGAAAUUUUGGGCGAAACUGCAAAAAUUGGGCAGGGCAAGGCUUUCAAAAAUAAAUGGAUUACCAAGAAAGGUGACAAUCUAGUCCGCGCUAUUGAUUCCAUUAUAGAUCAAACGCGAAUUGAUCUCGAAGUGAUUCGUUCAACUGGAACACAUUCAGAUCCAAAAGUGCUGACUGAAUUGAGAAAAAGAAAACUUUGUGAUAAACAUAAAGUUAUUUCUUAUUCCGUAUCGAAAGGACCAAAAUUCUCAUUGACUAUAGAGAAACAAGCCCGAGACGUAACAUUUGAAAUGCUUCAAAGGUAUAAUGGUGGUGAAUGGAAAAAAGCAAAUUUCAAAAAAUAUAACUUUGAUGCUCUUGGUAUACCACCUUCAGGUGGUCAUUUACAUCCACUAAUGAAGCCUCAACAACAUCCUGCCCGUGAUGCUCACGAUACUUUCUUUUUAAAGGAUCCUGCAAUUUGCACACAAUUCCCCACUGAAUAUCUUGAACGCGUUAAGGAGGUUCAUUCUGUUGGUGGAUAUGGAUCCACUGGGUAUGGUUACGACUGGAAAAUUGAAGAAGCACAAAAAUUGAUUUUAAGAACACACACCACCGCAGUAUCAUCGUUCAUGCUAUACAAUCUUGCAAAACAGAAAGAAUUCAAACCGGUGAAAUAUUUCUCCAUAGAUCGUGUUUUCAGGAACGAAACUGUGGAUGCUACUCAUUUGGCCGAAUUCCACCAAGUGGAAGGUGUUAUUGCCGAUAAAGGAUUAACGCUGGGGGACUUGAUUGGAUUUAUGAACACUUUUUUUAAUAAAAUGGGGGUAAAAAACCUUCGUUUUAAACCUGCAUAUAACCCAUACACUGAACCGAGUCUUGGUAAAUGGGUGGAAAUAGGAAAUUCUGGUAUGUUCCGUCCGGAAAUGUUGGAACCAAUGGGAUUGGAUCCGGACGUUCGGGUUAUUGCUUGGGGUUUAAGCUUAGAAAGACCCACAAUGAUAAAAUACGGAAUCAAUAAUAUUCGUGAG